UUUUUGCCGUCAUUCGCCUAGAGACGUUUGAGUAGAGCGACAAGCAGCAUUGCUAAUCAACCUCCAUUAGGCAGCGGCUGUGUUAAUGGAAUAACGCGUACACAUUGCCAUUAUCGUCAUAAGUGAUAAAGUGAAAUAAACAUUUACUACGGACUUUGUUUUGUUAUUUGGUUUCGUUGCCUUUAAGCGUUUAAAUGAUAAAUUCGAAAAAUAUUAAAAACUAACUAAAAUGCAUGUUGGCGAAACAUUGAGAAUAAACAAAAGUUGAAUGUGGAAAAAGCCGAAGUAAAAAUACUUACGGAAGCGUAAGAGCACGAUGCUGCUUGCUUGCUGAGUUUUCAGUCACUUUUGGAAUGUUCUUUGCUACGGUUCGAGUGCCAUUUUUAGUGAAGCGUGCUUGUGAAAGAAUAGAAAACGCGCGGACAACUACGCGUAGUAUUGGAGAAUCGAAGCAGAAAAUCGGCGAAGCGAAAAGCUGUGACGAGCGCAAAAAACAACGAAACGCAAGAAAGAUAAAAUAAAGAAGAGUCAAAGAAAAGACCACAAUAUUUAAAAUAUCGAGCGUUAAGCGGAAAAUUAGGUAAUUUUAAAUAAUUUCCGAAAAUAAAAUAAGCGCGCUACGAAAACGAGAACAGUAAAUUGGAAAUAUGUUAUGCAAAAAUUAAAAAACCUCGGAAUGUUUGCUAAAGUAAAAAAUUAAAUAACAAAAUUUUAUUUUAACUAAAUUAUUGAAGCAUAACAAAUUUGAAUUAUUCAACUGCAAAAAUCUACGAACAAAACGAACGAAAAACGACCAUAUGUACCUACUUACAAGCAUAUAUACUCUACGACGACAUCACCGUAUCAACAUACAACGUUUUUGGGCCAAACGACAACAAUAGCAAACAUCGUUGCUGUACAAGUCAGCCAGCUCAGGCAUCAGUUAGUCAGUUGUGGAAGUGAUCAGAAAACUUGCAAUAAUCGAAAUCAGCUGAAAGUUUUUACUCACACACGCUUACGCCCAUAUUUUCAAAUUCACAUACAAACAAAGCCAUACACAUACACAAUAUCCACGACAAAAGCACAGCUGACUGCGAUAACGGCGACGUAACGAUGAUGUACGAAUAAAUAAUAAAAAAACACCUUAUGCAAGUGUGGAACAAUUCUAAUGAGAAUUUAAUUCCAUAACAAUCAAAUGAAAGGCGAAAUGGAUUACUAAAUGCAGUUGAAAUUAGUCAACAGCAGCAGGAGAAGCAGCAAUCAGCAACAUUGCAUUGCGCAAUAGUCACGCCCAUACACACACGGAACGACGACGACCAACACCCAGCAACCCCAACCCGGCCAACGAGUUAAGCUCAACAGAGACCAUAAGCUUAAGUUGUAAACACAACUUGAAAUUUUUGGCCAACUAAAAUUGAAAACGGACCCUUAAACAAAAGAUCAACAGUAGCCUUCCCAAUAGUCCCCUACAAAACCAUACACAUAUACACCACACAACUACAGAAGUCAUCGAGAACAGUAUAAUUAAAAGAAAAAAAUUAAAUAAAAAAUCGCAUGUAAACUGCAUAAACAAAAGUAAAAGAUUUGCCAUCAGAAGGCAGCCAAUUCUAUUAAAAAAAUAUUACAUACAUGUAAUUAAUUGAAGACAAAACGAUCAAACUGUGAAUAGCAGCACAUUGAACAAAACAACGGAGAGUAGUGAAAAUUGGACAUCACAAUAAUUCAAACGGCAACCGAUCAAUGGAUGUUGCACCAAAACGAUGCAUAAUUAUCAAGUAACAAAUGCAAGCGGAUUAAAAACAUAACAAAAUCGGCCACGCCCCCGAAACAUCAAGAAGGAGCGGGUGUACAAAAUAAAAAAUUCACUAUGAUUUGAAUAUAAUUUGAAAAAGGUGGAACUCAAAAUCAACUCAGCAAUCAAAUUUUUGUUCACAUUUCUCCACAAGUGUUUUAAUUGCUUUUGUCACCUGAUUUUUCCAAUUAAAAAUCUUUUCCGAAGAAAAUUGAGUAACAUCGUACAUAUUUGUUGGAUUUAUAUGUUGAAUAACACACACAUAAAAUUAACAUAAAAAGUAAACCAAUAAUAUUAGCAAAAAAAAAAAACACGUAUAACAUUAAAAAAAAAAAUCAACACAGCAACAAAAAAGGGGUUUAUGAAUAAGCAACAAAUUCAAACCAAAGAAUUGAAAGCAAACAAAAAUCAAGUAGAAAUAGAUUACUAACAAAUUGAAGUAAAUAAAUAAUUAAUAACCUACACAAUUGAAGAACAACAGUAAAUGUAAAGCUGUUUUACGUCUUUCCGAUAUCUACAUGCUACAUGCAGUAUAUCUAGAGAAAUUUCCCUAAAUAUGUUUGCAACAUUUUCUGACUCUAUGGUAUUGUCGCAAUAACUGCAACAACAACAACAAGAGAAAAGCCUUGAAAUCAUGCACGCCCCGUUGUGCAUUGCCAACACAGAAUCGGAUGUUGCGCCGAAAAAUGCUUAAGUUCUACAUAAAAUAUUGCUAUCAUUACAACAACCGCAACAGCAACUGUCGACUAUUUCAGCACAUCAAUAAAGGAACUACCCCAGGCGAUCAGUGUUAACACCGAUAGGAGGAGGAGUAGUAACAACAACGGUUACGGCAACAACUCAAAUGCAAGUUGUCGCCGUACGGUGGUUGCCAGCGAUAAUUGCAUUAGCAGUCGCCAUUGUUCGUAAGGCAUCAGCGACUGGAUUUGCAAAAGUUCGGUCUUAAUUUCUGCGAAUUAGCCAGAGCAUAACGUCCAACCACCACCAGUUGCCACAACAACGAUAGUGGCAGGCAGCAGUCACCUUAAUUGCAUCCUUGGCGACAAAAACAUCAACACCAACACCCACGACCGUUUCAUCGUUGACGACCUGCAUGACGUGAUUGCUUUGUUCGGUUCCUCUUGGAUCACUAAGUUAAAGUAAUAGGUAUGAAGUAUCCGCAACUUGUAUCGACGCGUGCGGUGAACGCCAUAUCUGAUUGGCUAGUAUCCCGCUUGGAGCAAUUAGGCGUUGAGGCACCACAGAUCUAUACUAGGCUUCUCCUAUCUCUCUUACAAUCGACUAUUCAACUAAACGAUCCAAUUGAGUUCAGCAAUUUAGAAUCAUUUUUUGCAAGUCGUAAAGGUGGAAAUAGACGUUACCUUGACACCGACGCCCUUAAAAAAUUCAACGCGGUGCAGUGUCUGAAGGAUAUUGUUUCCUCGGAACAAGAGAUCGCAACUAUUGAAAAUCUCGUCGAUGAGUUGUGUGAAAAACUAAAGGACAUCGAAAAGCAAACUGGUGAUAGUGAAGAUGAGGAUAAACAAUUAGUAGCAACGCUUUCGCUAACUCAACAGCAUCACCAUAAUCAAUCACAUCAUCAUUAUCACCACAGUCAUUCGCACAAGUCGCACUACAAUCACCAAACGAAAGAAGUUCCAUCGCAUAGCAAAAGUUGCAGUGCUAGUGGUCGAGGUGAAGGCGGAAAAACUGUUCAAGCGGAGGCAACAGCAGGCGUAACACCAGUUAAUAAUCAGAAGAACGUCACGGAAGAACAAUUAGAGGAUCGUGAACUAGACCCACGUGAUCUUUAUUUUCGCGCUUUUCCAGCGCUGUCAAAAGAGAUGGAGGAUUCUUUAAAUUGGCGACGCAAUUCAAAGUGGCUGACGUGGCCUAUGGAACAACGUAAUCAGGACCCAUCGAUUUCGACUAGCAGUUCAAGCUCGACAAUUUCUAGCAACUCCGCUGCAGAUAGCGGUAUUAAAGAUAUCGCUGCUAGCUCUGUCACUCAAACUAAUGCUAGAGACAAGUUAGAUGAAGCGCUGAAAAAUGCAUCAAAAGUGCCCCGACAAGAGUUGUGCGAUGACGUUGCCAAUGUUAACUAUAAUGAGGCUAAUGCAUCUGCCUUUGCUUCUGCUAAUGCUGCUGUUGGUGGCAUAAAACGAAAAUCAAAACGUCGCCGAAGUCGAGCUUUAUCGAAAUUAAAGUCAAGUCAACAAAAUGUGCGUAAAAAUCCCGCUACCAGCGUUGCAUGCGGCUCUGCUUCAAUUUCCAUGCCAAAUAAUGGUGGCAAUAAUGCAUCAGCAGCAGGCGCCGCCAUCAAAACAAAACGUAGUGCUUCUCCUACCUACUGGGAUACCGAUUUUGAGGGCUGUUGGGAGAUGGGACGCGAUCUGAUCAAAGAGUUUAUUACGCGUCAAAACAGGAACUAUCGCAAUCGCAGCACUUCAGAGAGUGCUGUUGCGUAUAAUAAGAAAAUCGCCAUUGAAGUAGCGGCAAGUAUCAAGGACGGAGAUCAUGAUUGUCAUAGCACUAAUGAGAAUGUUAUAUUCGAUGAAAAGCAACAGCAAACUAAAGGACCCACUGCUCAAAUUAACGACAUUGAGAGCGACAAAGAUAGUAGAUCGGCAAAUGUCGUUACACCAAUAUUGCCGCCAGUGGAUUUUUCUUUCUGCGAUGACUACGAUGAUACACUCGCUUCGGUAUCAGAAUUAACUAAUGACGUCCCCUUGGUACCUUCCGCAAAACGUCUAUAUGAACGCGAACUGAUACCAACCGAUGCUAAAUCUGACGAACAGUUGGAUUUCGCUCAAUUCGAAGCUAAAUUUAAUAGUAGCGUAGAAGCUUUGUGGAAAGAUGCUGGGAGCGGUGAUGAAAAAGGAUUUGAGCCAAUUGGAAAUGGGAAUCAAAUGCACGCUUUUGGUUUCGGCAGUACCAGCAGCUCGCACUUUCCUGGGCUUACUUCGUUACCAUUCGAUGUGCCAUUCUCACAAAAUGUAAAAAACUUUUGGGCCAACUAUUAUAAUCACCAUUUUGACCUAAGUAAAAUGCUAUUGACAAGCGUGAUCGGCGGGAAAGCAAGAGAGCUGAAUGUUGUGAUGCAGAGCAAAGCGAAUGAUAGUGAUAGCGAUGUUUUUAAGACCAACAACGGCAUUUUAAGUGUUGAUACUUCGGAGAAACCUAUCAGUUUCUCCAAACCUCAAGCUGACGUGUGCACUACAGCCUCCACCAGUACCAGCGACUACUACUCGAUGCCCAGCAAUUUAGACAGAAAUAAAGCAAAAUUGCAGCGCUGCGGUUUGCGCCAUAACAGCGCCUGCAGUGACAAUGGCGCUGCGGGUGUGCAUAGCGGCGGUAUAAUAGGAGAAGAACGGAAAACACCUAUAGCGCUGUUUUUGCAAAACUCAAUUUGGUCCAAAAAUGCUAAUCUUGGUGGCGGGGACACAGAUGAGAGUUUCUACUUUAAGGUGCACAACUCGGGCAAGCAGCUAAAUCAAUAUGACGGGGUUGGUAAUAACAACAAUCGUGAACAGAAACUGCAGGGGGAUACUGAUACUAGUGCCAUUAACGUUGGAAGCGGCAGCAGCAGCAGCUUUGGUUUUACCGCACCCUAUACAUCGUCUAAAUGGUCAGAGGGCAUAAAUGCUGGACCGCCUCAAAGCAAUAUGACAAUGGCUCCACCGCAACAAUUGCAACAAGCUCAGUGUGCAAAUCCAAAGAACAAUUUUAAUAUUUCUUUGAACUCUCUGAGUGGCACCGACUGCACUGAUUCAUCAUCUUCGGCUUCAUUACCCGCCACUACAGGUACUAAUUGGCAGGCGGCCAAAGGCAAUACAAAAACUGGUUUACAAAAUACUUGGGCAACUAGUGCACCACCGAGUGUAGAACAAACGCACGGCGCAAACACAACAAAGCGCCCGCCAACACACCUCAUUAGUGGCGGGGGUGAUGAUGGCAAUGUAGGCAUCGUAACUAUGCCAAAAAUAACGCUCGCUAAUCAUUCUCCUAAAAGCAGUGGCUUCAUUGAGUAUUCACGUGUCAAAUCAGUUUUACAGUUACAAUUGUUAACCGAAGAAAAGUCAUCGAGCAUGGGUUCAACUAAGCAGCUUCAGCGGAAUUACCCGCAGCGACUCAAUAGCAAAGAACAACCACAGCAACACUAUGCGCUCGAUUUGAUGGAUGAUGGCGAAAAUUUAUUGACAUCCGAACGCACACAUUUCCAUCCCAUUAAGUCGUAUGUAGAUGGGCACACCUUUGAUAUUUGCAGCGACAUAGAUGUCGUAGAGUAUGAUCGCUCGGCCAGCGGAUAUCUCUAUCUGGAGCAAGAUAAAUAUCUCGAGUACACGCGAACUGACAACUUUAUUGUGGAGGAUGAUGGUGGCGUUGGUGCCUCAGCCAACCCAUUGUAUGCCAAUUCGAAUUGUGAGGCUGCAACUUUUGGUGCCAACGUAAACUACAACAUCGAUAGCGGAAAUGGCAAAUCGAAACGUGUUGAACGUGAUUUUAUAAUCAAAUUCCGUGUGCAACGCACUGAGAUCGCUUGUCAAACGGAUGCAGAACCGCCAACUGAACGUGCACUGGUAACUGCAAAUAAACGUUUCUCUAGUAUGAGUGUAACAGCUACAGCGCAACCACAUCCACUUUCCUUGAUUUUUUCGAAUGCCGCUAAAAACUUGAAAGCGACUGCGGCCAAUGAACUUGUAUACAGCGACACUGUCGAGGCAUUUACACGCGCAAUGGCACAUUUUCCGCCACUGUCGCCCACAUCGAACAAUUCCGCAUGGCUACCAGUAGGAGCUGAUUUCGAUGGGCGCCAAUCCACUAAUGGCAAUUGGAAUAUCUACCAAGAACAUUCGAAGAUGCACAAAAAAACCAAUAAGAAAAGAAACAAUAUGAAGAGCAAUGCUAAUGAUGAUGACGAUGUUGACGACGAAGCCGGCGGCGAUGAAGUAGAUUUCUAUGGCGGUGCUGUUGGCGUUGCCGAUAUGGACCACAUCAGCACCUUUGACACUGAUGUGGACAUGACAAGUUUAGGGCAACAAUGGUCCAUGAAUGAGAUACGUAAAAAGUGCAAAGAAGCUGGUCACAUGACCACUUAUACCAAUGCCAAUAAUAAUAAUUCCAUUGGUUCUGGUGAUGGCGCCGACGGUGGCAUCGAGUCUGUUUGGGAUAUGUGUACGGCCUGUAACAGUGAACUGAAAUCAAUACCGGCCAACAGAUUGUUGCGCGAUGAACUUCAAGUGGAGGCGGAUGAGAUAAUGAGUGAUCUGAAGUAUAUGCAAGAUUUAUACAUAGGGCGUGCUGGGGAUGCGAAUGAUGCUGACGAUGAAGAUGAUGGUGCGGACGGGGAGAGUGUAGGCGAUACUGUGACAAGUGAUAGCGAUUGGUGUGCCGAGGACGUAAGUGCUGAAGUUGUAGAAGAAUGUCCAGUCCAACCGAGGUCGAAUGAACAAUUUACAAAUCCUCAGGCAGAAUCGACGCAUGCUUUUGAAGCUGCGGGUGAGAGCGGGGUCACCAAUGAUUCGGACACGUUUACUGUUAUACAAAAAGUAAAUCGCCUAAUUGCUGAGUUGUUACGUCCCGAGAACAACGAUGAUAACAUCCUUGUGGACAAAUUAGAGUCAAAUGCAAAAGGUUGUGAGGGGUCACGUGCAGCAGAAACAGAAACAGCAACAGCACAAUUCAGCGGUAAUUUAUGGCAUAGCAACCGUAAUGAACGCAACAUUUGGCAACUUAAUGCAGCCGAUACCACUACUGGAAUAGUAGUUGGUGCUGGUGUGGGUAUAAAUAAAAACAGUGGUGGUAUUCAUCCAAUGCAACUUUUGCGCCAAUUCAAUGUAAAACCAAUCGAGAGUGCGGCGAAUAUUGGUAAUAUUUUCCCAUUGCCCCCUGCUGGCGAUACAGAUAAAUACCACACACAAAUGGGUUGGGAUCAUGAGAAUCUAGCUAGAAUUUGGCAAACAUCACCACCACCACCACAUCAACAGCCACAAGUAGAAAACAUGGCAAUAAAGAAUGCCAAUUCACCAGCCGCUGCAUUUCAUCAAACUGAAAACCAUGAGAAAAUUGAUAUAGCUGAGAAAAAUAUGCGCAAUUUACGCGCCAACGCGGAUGCGAGUGUAGAAGCGGCUGCAGCCAAUUUGCAGCAGGCGCAAGAAUUUUUAGCUCAUAACCAAAGCAAUGUGAUAGAAUCGGAUUUAAAGUUAAAGGCAGUUACUCGUAAACGACGUCAUUCGGCAUCACAAAAUUAUUUCCACGCGCAACUAAAUGGUGGCAUAAUGAUAGCAAACGCAACCACAGCUACUAGCAGUAGCAUUAUUGGCGGUAGUGCUACACUAUUUCAAAACAAUAACAACAAUGAAAUCGCCAAUUUAAAUAGUUAUGCAGUGAAGUCGAGUGCCAACGAAUUUAGUUUUAAAAAUUUACUCAAUGCUUCGUUACGUUUUGGUGCCGCUGCGGCCGCUGCCGUUGCCGCUUCUAAUGCGAAAAAAUGUUCGGAUUAUGCCACCAACCUUUGUGGUGCUGAUAUUGCAUAUGGUUGCGAUGCAACUGCAGCGGCUGCUAACAAUCACACGAUCAUCACCUGCAAGUAUCAUUUGACUGCAAUUGAACCGCUGCCAUUGGAUAAUGUUGGUGGUAUGGAAAACGUAGGUUUGUUAGGUGGUGGCAAUGGUGGCGGUAUCACAGAGGCACCGCUUUCGUGUCUCAUCGACAAGAACCCAUCCAUAUUGAAGCAUGUAACCAUGGUUUCACGGCCGUUGACACGAUAAAAUGUUCAUAGGUUCUUUCAAUAAUUUUACAAAAUGAGGUGCUCGCACUUUAGGUUAUGUCGAAUGGAUUGGGCUUCACGUAGAAAACAAUAUAAAAAUAUUUUGGCAACAUCAUCAGUAACAAGAAGAUUUACAAUAGCAAUUCACGUGGAAUUAGCAAAAACAAAAACAAGAAGUCAAAUGGCGGCGCACAUCAGUUGCAACCCGUUAGCAGAAGACUAACAUAAUUACCAAAAACAAAAAAAAAUGUAUCAAAAGAUAAUUUAUGUUGAUUUUCGUAAAUUUAGUUAGAACAGCAACUAGCAGCUCGUCGUUUACGUGUAAAUUUAUUUAAUGCUUUACUUAUUUUCUUUAAUUUUUUUGUUAAAUGUUGUAAAUUAUUCAUAUACAUACCCUCAAACGUAUAAGAAACCGCGUUUUAUAAGCAAUUAAUUCCAUUCAAACACACACACACACACACAUAGAUAAAAGAACCCACUAACGAUAUAUAGGCAUUGUAUGGGCAUUUGUAGAAUCUAUGUGUAACGAUAUCAAGCAUAACAACUGUAUAUAACUUUUGACUAUUUCUUUAAAUUUACUUUCAUUGGCGAUAUGUUUGUUUACCUUAAUCUUUUUUUGAUUUCUUUAUUAUUUUUCCAAAUUUAUUUAAACAUAUAAAAAAUGUGAAAUGUUGAAUGCAACAAAAAAUCAAAAAAAAAAAAACAAAAAAAUAUAUAUAUAUAUUCUAUAUGUAUAGAAAACAUACACAUAAUAGCAAAAAAAGCAACAAAAAAAAAAAUUUUAACAGUAUAAAAACAUAAAACAUGGCAGUAUGUAAAACCAGCUGCAUGCGAAAACGCAAUAAAAUCUAAGAGUGUUCGCCACAAGUUUCAUAGCCACUUUGUUAGCCUGCAAAAGCGUUGUGAAAAUGCAUUAUUGCGAAAAUUCGGGUUACUGACGAAAUAAUGCAGAUUUCAAAUUUACUGUCCAUUCCCAACAAAAUAUAUUGACACAAAGCAGAAAAAUCCCGUCCCCAAAAAAAAAAAAAAAAAAACAUUAACAUUGAUACAAGUAGUAAGAAUUCAUAAUAAACAUUAAACUUAUUUUUGCUUUGAAUGUGCAUAUAGAUCACUUUUCAAAUUUUCUCAAAACCAUGUUAGUGUUAACUUACUAUAACAGGGCACAUUUUGGUUUGAUUCCACACAUUCUUUAUAUUUGCAAUUCUUUUUUUUUUUUUUAAUCGAUUAAUAUUUACCACAAAAGAUCACUUGAGUGCUCUUCAAAAUUACAAAAGAAGACGUUAGACAUAAUUUUCUAUAUUUAUGUUGAAACGCAUAAACCUAAAGUCUACAACUCUCUUUUGAUUCAAAGUCUACGGGGUAUUUUCAGCGAGUACAACACUCAAGAGUAAAGCGUUGACUAACCGAGGAUUCAUAUUGUCUUAAUAUUUGCUUAAAUUUAUCAACUUUUUAUAAUUUGUCAAGGGAAUUUCGAAGAGCAUUUCGUAUAAGCUUCAGUGCCUGACUAGUGUAAAUGAAUUAGAAUGCGAAAAAAUGUAUGUUUCAAAAUUUCAAGUAUAUUUAAAGUAAAUGAUAACAUUCGUGUAUUUUUACCUAAUAAAUCUGUCAUUUUCUGUAAUUAAAUUUUUCCACAGCUAGUUUGUUCAUGUACAUUCAAAGGCGGAAAAUGUCAAAUAUAUUACAAGUCAAAUAUAAUACAUCAAAUAUAUAAUUUGAAGGUAUGCCAUUGUAAAAAAAAUUUCCAUCAAAAAUGUAUAUAGUAAAAUUGUUAUAGUUGUUGUUUGCCAGCUAUGCACUAUACAUACACAUGCAAUUUUUCUUUGGAAUUGAGCAUUUGGAAAAUUGAAAAGAACGCAAGCAUAUUGUGAAUGGCUUGGGCCUUCUUAUUAUGUUGAUAGGCAAUAAACAUCUGUUGAUUUGAGUUUAAAUGUGUAAUAUACUCUACAUGUAAUAAAGAGAAACCCAGUAGUGGUUCAGUAUAAAGAGCAAAAAAGAGCAAAUACUCGUAUCAAUUCAUUUAUUUGUUUAAAAUUUUUGAGAAAUAAUUGAGAAGUUUUGCUUUAAAAGCAAAACAUAAAUAAGCAUGGGCAUUAAGUAUUUGUUGAGGCUUGACCCAUUGCCUAUGUGAUUCUAGUGCCGGAGUUAGUUAUUUGUCACUUCAUUCCGUGUCUAAAAUUGGUUAACAUCGACAAUUUUCGAUGUAUCUAAGAUACAUCAACAUCUCUUUAAGCGGCUAUUUAUGCAAAAAAAAAAAAAGACUUGAACUUUAUGAAAUUUCCGCUUUUCUUUAGCCAGACAAGAAAAAUAAAAUAAAAAAACGUGUGUAAAAAUAAAAACUAGAAAUCCAACCCAUUUUUUAGCGACUUAUUGACUGGCAUCGUUGAUAUUAAACUUUAAAUGAGAAUUAGUUUGUGGCAUAAUUUUUAAAUGGUGUUCAAAUUCGAAAUUAAAUCCAAUAAACCGAUUUCAUAAUUUUUAAUAAGCCACAUUCAAGCGAAUAAUAUACAAACUAUAGCGUUUGUGGAAAAAGUAACUAAAAUCAUUUUGAAAUGUCUACUACCAUAUUAGGCCAAUGCCGAGGAUGUGUUUACGAGUGUGUUCGCCACACUCAAUGAUAACAGAAAUAUUACGCUCCUGUCACUUUUUUGAUGGUCUGUUGCGGAUACUCGGCUGAUUAGUUGCCGCAAUAUUGCAGAAGUUAUAUCGCGCAGAACGAGAUGUUUGAAAAUAUGGAAAUAAGGAACGAUACCUUCGUUUCAUUUGAACUUAGUUUUGCGCCAAGAGCAAUUAUGAAUUUCAAAGUAGUAUUUAUUAAAUAAAAACUUACUUUUCCUCUUCCAUUUCAACUUCGGAGUGAAAACUUAUACUAGGCUGGUCAAUAUUUAUAUUAACUGACAAAAAGCGAUGCUAUCUCGUAAAAAGUAGCACCGCCGCAAUUAUUACAGCUCGAAAAGUACUGCUGUAAAUACUAUACUUAUUGUUUCCUUAUACAAAGCUUUUUGUUUUUAUAAAUGUAGUGAUUUUUGAAUAAUUAUUUAAUUUACUGUUGUAACACAAUUGUGUAAUUUCUGUUUAAAAAUUAUAUUUCAAUCUUUGUUUUUUCUUCGAAUUUUUACGAGCGAAUUGCUUCAAGUUUUACAGAUUUUGUUAUACAAGUGUAAUUAAUUGUUCUUGAAAAACAUUUAAAUUAUUUGAAAUGCUGUGCAUUAUGCAUACAAACGAAAAAACCAAGAUGAAGACGAAUAUAUGUAUGUAUAUGUAGUUGGUUAAAAAAAUAUAAAUUUUAUUUGCCGUUUUCGAGUGUUCAAUGCUAAAUUAUAAUUUCUUAUUUUUGACUUAUUUCUUAUUUUGAAACAAAUUUAUUUUUCAGAAAAGGUGACAGUUCAUUUUUACGUCUUUUUCUGUGGAUGUUAAUUAAAUUUUCUUUAAAAUAUUAUAUAUGAAAUAAGGCGAGAAUUGAUAAACGGCAAAAACAAAUUUUAUAUCUAAAAAUUCAAAAUGUGUAAUUAUAAUAAAAAAAACACGUUAAUUAUAGUAGUAAAAGUAUUUAAUUAAGUAACUACUAUAAUUACAAAUAAUAAUUUAAUAGAAAUUCGCACUAUAUUUUGAUUUACAAUACAUAUGUAUGUGUAUGAAGGAACAAAUUACAUACGUAUAUGUAUAUUUAGCAGUACAUAUAUAGCAUUAUUUAAAUAUAUAGAAAUGCGUGAAUGCGAGUAAGCAACAACUAAAUACAUACAUAUAUGUACAAAUAUAUGAAAAGAGUGAUUUCACAAAGAAAAGUGAAAAUGUAUAAGCGUAAACGCAAGUUUAGUGAAAAGUUGUAAAAUGAAUGUGUGAAUGCCCAAAAGAGCAAGCGCAUCUGCAUAUUCACAAACAAAAAUAAUACACACAUAUAUUUACACGGUUUGAAAUAUAUACACACUCAUACAUAAGCAUUCCCAUUUACACAUAUUUAAAGGGCGCCGCAUAAAAAUAUUGUUGCUUGUUUUUGUGUCAUGGUCUAUUAUAUUUGAAUUUGUGCAUCAUUUAAGGACCCAUUUCCACUUUAUUUAUUAACUGAUGAGAGCUUUUCACCAAGCAACAAUAUUAACGAAGUAAUAAAGUGCGGUCCAGAGAGUACAAAAUUCCUUCAAAACAGCUGUACCACUGUUAUAACCACUAAACUGAAUUAGCUAUUACCUUAGUUUUAAAUAGUUACAUACAUGCCCACAUAAAUUACAUUAGUCAAAGAAAAGUAGUCUCUUUACAAUCGUUUUCCACGCUCGAUACUGUAUUUAGUACAUACAUAUACAUAUAUUAUAUGUAAUAAAUAAAAAUAAAUAUUGCCCUUUCAGGUAAUAUACAAUAGUGCGAUUUCUAAUUAUAAAUAGACGAGUUUACAAGAAGUUAGUUAAUUUUGUUAUAUAUUUUUCUGUUAAUUGCACCGUGUAAAAGAACGUUUAUAUUUAUUUGUCUUUCUUUUUUUUUGUUAGAAACGCACGUUAAUGUUUUCUGUUGCAAUAAUCAGCUGCGCUGACGUUCAAUCAUUUGUUAUUAUAACUGUUAAAAAAAUCUCUAAAAACUCUUGGAAGAGAAUUUUGUGCUGUAGUGUCACAUAAAUCCGGUCGUUCGGGUAAAAACACUCCGACUAUCGAAGAAACAGCCAAACACUCAGACUCUUCCCCUUUUCAACCUGAUAGAUGGUAUACAUACAUUACCAUUCAAUGAAACAGUAAAUAAGUAAAUUUCUUAAAAUUACUUUAGUCCACGAAUUUCAAAAUUUUCGUUAUAAAAAUCUAGUUUAAAAAUUAAUGUAUAACAAAGUGCUUGAUUCUACAAAAGCAACCUAUUUCAAGUUAAAACAUUUUUGUCAGAUAGUGAUUUUAUUGUUCCUUAGAAAGCGAGAUAAAAAUAAAGACAAACGACGCGCUAAUGUACGUGUAUGAACGUCAAAUAUUUUCUAGCGAAUUCACUUUUCCUAUGCUUACGGAAAGAAAUCAAAAAUUUACUACAACUUCUAUGCAACAUUUGCGAUUUCUUAAUCGCAUGGCAGCCGUUUGUACGUACCGAAAUGACUCUGGUUUUCCCCGACCAAAGUUUGCCGCCUCAAUAAACUAGCCUUGCCUAAUGCGCUGAGUCUCACCUCUCGAAAACUUCAAAAAUAUACACAAUUUUUAGUAACGCUUUUUCAACGUGCGCAUCUAUAUAUGUAAGUAGAUGUGUGCCAAUCGUGAUCAAUUUCUAAUUACAUAUGGAGACAGACAAAGUGAGCAGAAAAUUGUUCACAAAAAUUAUUACAGUAAAUAUGAUUUUUUUAUGUAUAAAUAUGUUUAAAAAACAGUUUCAAAUAUGUAUACAAAGACAGAACUUUUAUAAAUUCAUUAGAAACAUAAAGGAAGACAAAAACGAUGAUAAUUGUGUAAUUGACAAAAAUAACAGGAGCAAAAUUCAUGUAAAGAUGGUCUAAUAAAAUGGCAAAAAUUUCAUAUUGACAAAGAAAGUUCGUUGCACUUGCACAUGGAGAGUGAAUCCAUACGCUCUUCCACGGCUUUACCUUAAUAGAGCGAAUAUCAAUAAGUAGGGUAAAAAUUAUUUAAAAGUUAUUGACUACGCUUUGUCUUACACAAAUCCGGCUUUUCCUUUUAGUAAUUUUCAAAUUCAUUUUAUUGCGAUUAUCAAUUUAUACUAAUGGGCUCUGAAAAACGUCACAGCUAAGAAAACAAAAUUAAAUAUUGUAUUAUAUUUUGAAAUUAGUUCAGUGUAGAGUAACUAACACUUAUUAUAUAUAUUUAAAAGUGAAUACAAGAAAACAAUGCAGAUACAGAGCGCAAGAGUGAUUGUGAAUUUGAGUGAAAGUAAUUAGCAAAGGCAACAAGAGUUGAGUUGCUUGAAUUUCAAUUUAAAAACAUACACGAAUAAAUGUAUAAUGGAAAAAGAGAGGAUUAAGUUUGUUUAUGUAUGUGUGUACAUGUAUGUAUAUGGGAAAACACUGCUAAUUUCGACUACAGGAAAAGCAAAUAAGAUUUAUGAGAAUCGAGCCAAAAAAAUUCCCAAUGAAUGGUGUAUUUAGACUAGAAGCUAUAAAGAAAUAGUGGAUAAUGUUUGGACAUGUGUAUGCAUCAUUCGAAUGUGUGGCUGACCAAUUUGUUUUCCGAUAAAAUUGUAAAUAAUUAUAUGUACCGCAUAGUUUAGUAAUUAUAGGUAUGCAACUGAAAGCAAAUAAACCUACAAUGCAAGUAUAUAUGUAUCAAUGUUGAGAAAAAGAAAAGUAGGGAAAAUAGAAAGUUACGAAAGUUUAAGAGCAAACUUAAAUUCAAUGAUAACAUUAAAAAGGCGCACGGAUAUGGAAAUUUGUUAAAGGAAUAUCCGGUGCAUAGAAGAUUUAGGCUACAUAUAGCAAUUAUAUCAAAUGAAAUUGGCAAAUUCACCAUCAUUACUAAAGUAGUCACUCGUACAUAAAACAAAGUAGAAACACGAGAGAAAUAUUUAGAAGAAAAAUUUGUUUUAAAAGAUUUGUUUGUCCUUAAAUACGUAAGCAUAAAUUUUUUCAAGAAUCUUAUUUAAAAAAGAUGCCUAAAACUAAUGUGAAUCAAGAGGAAAAACACAAGGAAUUCUACUAAUUUUGUUUGUUUAAUUUUCUCCAAUUGUAAACUUUUCUUGCUGUAUAGUUGAUUGAUUGUUGAAUAUUUUUUAUUGAAGUAUAAAUACAUUUUUUUAACACUUGUAAAAUAUAAUUGUAUUUAAAACGAAGCCCAUUUGACCAAAACAAAUUAAAAGUAUUGCUGCUACUCAAUGCAGGAAGUAACCAUAUUUCAUAAGUCAUGCAGAAUACAGUUUCUUGAAUCUAAAAUUGAAAACAGGAAAGAAAAAAGUUUAAAAAUACAAAAAAAACUAGUUUGUAAAUAAAAGUGGAAAACAUAAAAAAAUAUAGAUAUGUUUUUGCGUGUACCGAGAAUUACGUAAGCUUUUCUUGGCUACACAUACAUACAUACAUGUGAAAAAAAUCUCUAAGUUCGUUUUUGUUUUUAAGACUGCAGUGGUGGAUGGGUUGUGUUUUUGAUAUCCAAACUUAUGCGAGAAAGUAUGUUUGAGUUUUAGGAAUUCAUCUAUUUGACUAUAAAUUACGACUUUUAUAAAUCUUGAAAAUUUGCUUUAAAAAGUCGCGAAAAAUACACCUUUUACAUAAAUACUUUUCUCUGUUAAAAUUAUUUCUCAGUCAGCCUCUUUCAAUUCAUCUACUGCAUGUUUGAAAUUAUUAUUUUUGCCAAAGAAUAUAAGUUGCAGCUCUAAAGACAAAUCACAAAAAUAAUAAGAAACAAUUGAAAAAAAAAACAUUAUUUGUGGCUUGUAAGUUAAAAAGUAAGGUUUUUGUGCCUUUUUCGAGAAAUGAUUAUAUGUAUGUAACGGUGCAAGUUAUUUAAGAAGAAAGAAAGCAAAUUCACUCUUUAAAAGAAAUGUCGCGAAAAUAAAGCUGCAUACAAUUUAAAUUCUACAAAAAAAAUU